GACUCCCAAGAGGGGGAGGGGAAGGAGGAGGCGCGGGCCUCUCCAAGUUUGUCGGGACCUUCUUGCGAAGCAGAGGCGGCAGCAGCUGGGGAGGCCUGGGCUGCGCGCGGGCCGGGGGCCGGGGCCGGGACUGCAGGGCCGGCGCUCUCCUCCUGCUCGGGCUUCAGCCUCUGCUCCCGCUGCUGACGCGACACCCUUCGGCGCGGCUCCCUGCGCCGCGCAUCCGCAGAGCCCGCCGCGCCCCGGCCCAUGUACUGGAAGCAUGAGAACGCAGCCCCGGCGCUGCCCGAGGGCUGCCGGCUGCCGGCGGAGGGCGGCCCCGCCACCGACCAGGUGAUGGCCCAGCCCGGGUCCGGCUGCAAAGCGACCACCCGCUGCCUUGAAGGGACCGCGCCGCCCGCCAUGGCUCAGUCGGACGCGGAGACCCUGGCAGGAGGUCUGGACAAGGACGAGGGUCGGGCCUCCCCAUGCACGCCCAGUACACCAUCCGUUUGCUCACCGCCCUCCGCUGCCUCCUCGGUGCCGUCAGCGGGGAAGAACAUCUGUUCCAGCUGCGGCCUCGAGAUCCUGGACAGGUAUCUGCUCAAGGUCAACAACCUCAUUUGGCACGUGCGCUGCCUCGAGUGCUCCGUGUGCCGCACCUCGCUGAGACAACAGAACAGCUGCUACAUUAAGAACAAGGAGAUCUUCUGCAAGAUGGACUACUUCAGCCGAUUUGGGACCAAGUGCGCAAGAUGCGGUAGACAGAUCUACGCCAGCGACUGGGUUCGGAGGGCACGCGGUAACGCCUACCAUCUGGCCUGCUUCGCCUGCUUCUCAUGCAAGCGCCAGCUGUCCACAGGCGAGGAGUUCGGCCUGGUCGAGGAGAAGGUGCUGUGCCGCAUCCACUACGAUACCAUGAUUGAGAACCUCAAGAGAGCCGCAGAGAAUGGGAACGGCCUUACGCUGGAGGGGGCAGUGCCCUCUGAACAGGACAGUCAGCCCAAGCCAGCCAAACGUGCGCGGACGUCUUUCACCGCGGAGCAGUUGCAGGUUAUGCAGGCGCAGUUCGCGCAGGACAACAACCCCGACGCACAGACGCUGCAGAAGCUCGCGGACAUGACGGGCCUCAGCCGCAGGGUCAUCCAGGUGUGGUUUCAAAACUGCCGGGCGCGCCAUAAAAAGCACACGCCGCAGCACCCCGUGCCGCCCUCCGGGGCGCCUCCGUCCCGCCUCCCCUCCGCCCUGUCCGACGACAUCCACUACUCUCCGUUCAGCAGCCCCGAGCGGGCGCGCAUGGUGACCCUGCACGGCUACAUAGAGAGUCAGGUACAGUGCGGGCAGGUGCACUGCCGGCUGCCUUACACUGCACCCCCAGUCCACCUCAAAGCUGAUAUGGAUGGGCCGCUCUCCAACAGGGGUGAAAAGGUCAUCCUUUUUCAAUACUAAUGCUGUCAGCACUUCCACCUCUGUCCAUGGGCACCCCACAACUGCCCCUGAGCCGCUGAAAUCCAGUGUCCAAGUUGCUGCCAGGGAUCCACCCGCUCUACCACCAUCCUUCCUCCACCAUCCUGCUCACCACCAUCUCGGCCCCUGGGCCUGGGCCUGGGUCUGGCUCCCCCUCUCCUGCUGAGAACCAGAACCCACCAGGAGCACCACUGAAUCCUCCUCUUCAAAGACAAACCUCCUUGAAAUUUGGAAUCAGGGCAGAAACAACAGCCCCCUUCCACUAUUCUUCUUCUUCUUCUUCUU